AUGUCUAUCGAAUUUACUAAUUUAACGACUGUUAGUUGUCAAAGAUUCAAAUGUUCAGGUCGUGGUCUUAUACUACCAUUUGGUAUUGAAGCAUGUAUGUCAAUACAAUUACGAGCAGUGUUAUACUUUAUAUUUUUACUUUAUCUUUUUCUUGGUAUUGCUAUUAUUGCUGAUAUAUUUAUGUCAGCAAUUCAAACAAUAACAGAAAGAAAACAAAAAAUACGUUAUCCAAAUCCAGAAAAACCAAAAGAAUAUUUAAUUGUUCAAGUUCCUAUAUGGAAUGCUACAGUUGCUAAUUUAACAUUAAUGGCACUUGGUUCAAGUUCACCAGAAAUUCUUUUAUCAAUUAUUGAAAUAGUUGGAAAUCGUUUUGAAGCAGGAGAACUUGGACCUGGAACUAUUGUUGGUUCUGCUGCUUACAAUCUUUUAAUGAUCUGUGCUUUAUGUAUUGCAUCAAUAAAAUCUCCUGAAACAAGAAAAAUAGAGUUAUAUAAUGUUUUUCUGGUCACAUCAUUUUUUGGUUUUUUUGCAUACAUAUGGCUAUUCAUUGUUUUAUCAGUCAUAUCAAAAGAUGUUGUUGAUCUUUGGGAAGCUGUCAUUACAUUUCUAAUGUUUCCAUUAGUUGUUAUACUAGCUUAUUUGGCUGAAAAGAAUUUUUUUGCUUCAAAAAAAAUUGAUAUGGAAGAAGAAGAACGAAAACUUAUAUUAACAAUACCCGAAGUAGAUGCAGCUGGUAAUGAACGUAUGUUUCGUCGAGAAGAACUUCUUCAAUUUUUACGUGAUCUUGGUCAAGCAACAACUUUAUCAUUAGAAGAUAAAGCACAAUUAUUUGCAGCUAAAUUAAGUGAAAGUAUGCCUCGAACACGUAUGCAAUAUCGAAUAGAAGGUACACGAAUGCUUGCUGGUGGUAAAUCUUUAUUUCCAAAUUUACCUGAAAAACUUCAAGAGAUAUAUACUACAAUGGAACGACGUCAUUCAAUAGAAGAUGAACGACAAAUACCACGAAUAUUAGAAGAAGUUGAUCAACUACCAACAAUUGAAUUCACUGCAACGGCAUAUGCUGUUAUGGAAAAUGAACAAAAAAUUGAUGUUAUAGUUAAACGAACGGGUCCAAUUAAUAUAUAUCAACGAGCUGUCAAACCGAAUUCAUCUGAUGCGACUAUUUCGCCUGACCAUGAAUAUGAGAGUCGAAAAGGAGCAUUAUCAAAAAUUAAUAUUGAUGAUGAUGCACAAAUGGCUAUACUUGAGUUUGCCUCAUCCAGCUAUGCUGUACUUGAACGCGAACAGCGUGUAACUGUUGAUGUCGUCAGAUACGGUGUAACUAAUUCUGUUGUUCGUUUUCGACUUGAUACAAUUGAUGGUACAGCAACAGCUGGUGAAGAUUAUACUAAAUUAUCUGAAGAAUAUAAAAUGGAACCUGGUCAACAAGAAAAAAAAGUAACUAUUAAUGUUAUUGAUGAUAAUCAAUGGGAACCCGAUGAAACAUUUUUCGUCAAAUUAUCAUUACCAGAUGAAGAAGAAACUCAUACAAAAUUAGGUUCAAAAACAGUUGCACUUGUUACAAUUAUUAAUGAUGAUGAACCUGGUUAUAUUGAAUUCGAACAGACAAUUAAUUUAGUUAAAGAAAGUGCUGGAAAAGCAGAAAUAAAAGUUCUACGUGUUAAUGGUGCCGAUGGACGUGUUACUGUUCAUUAUAAAACAGAAGAUAUGGAUGCUAAAGCAAUACAAGAUUAUGAACGUAAGUCAAAUAAUUUAUAA